UUUUUUCUUGCCUCUUGCCCAGCCGCGUUCAGGAUUCCUGUUUUGUGCGGUUCUUGUUAGUACGAAUGGAAAAACACGCAGAGGAAAAAUGGCUGAUGCGAAAAGAUCAACAAUAACGACAAAUAAUAGCAGUAGCGGUGGCGGCAGCGGCAGCAGUAGUAGCAACAGUGGAAGUACCAGCAAAUCUCGCAAAUCUAAAACCGAUCUGAUUCGCAGCCUUGUCGGAUCCUAUCUGAAAGCGCGCAACUACAGUGUUACUGAUCGUUAUCGAAAAUCGGAUCUCAUCCUCACGCAAUCAACUGAGCAAAUUGUGAUGAACACUGCCAUCAAAAACGACACAUCGAUGGUGAACAGUUUUCUGUACUCCAACAUCUGCCUAAACUCGAACAUAACCCAAGUUGAACAACAUUUUGCCAAAUUCGCAAAGUUUGUACGAAAUCAACAGGAACCAAUUCGUACGGAAUUAAAUGAGAUUAUCCCACCGCUUCUAUGUCAUCUGUACAUUGAGAUGUUAAAGGGGCGUGAUUGGCGACCGGCAAUCGAGUUCCUUCGCAAACAUGCACCGUUGGUGGGCAAAGUGGAACACUCUACUGGUACGGCUGGUUCAUCUCCGCUGCUCAUGUUGAAUCAGCAAAAAAUAAACGGCACCAUUGACAGUUUGCCGCUGGGAGCAGAUGUGAGUUCGCUAAUGCCAUCAUCAGCUGUACAUGGAUCUGCGAUUGUUUUCGCGCCCGGGCGGUCACCCGAUUCGGCACGUUUAGAACCAUAUCGAAGGUUGAUACAUAAGCUGUCGCAAAUCGCACGGUUUCAGGACUGCGAAAGUGAGCCGCUGUUUGUGCAGUUUCGCUCCUGUCAAACGCAGCUACGUUUCCGUUCGGCCACUAUUGCAGCCAUGCGCCAAUACUUAGCAAAGCAUGGGCAUUCUCUUAUCCUGCAAACGUUGCGCACGUGGUUCUACUUCGAUACGUCCGAUGACAAGAACUUUGUAGACUGCCAGCCGGACGCUUCGGGUGUUGCACAGCUAGAUUCCAUGAUCGCGCGAUCGCUAGUGGCUCGAUCAAACUCCUCGAACGGUCAACUAAACGGUAGUAGUCUACCGAUGGAAGUUGACGAUUUGGUAGCGGAACCUGUGUUGCAACGAUCGGAACCAGAGUAUGACUUUACCGAGCAUACGGAACGUGAAAACGAACGCUAUCUGUUGCUGAAUGGCUUUAAUGCGCGAUAUUUGCGCUACAAAAUGUUCGACGCCGAGAACGGUACAGCGUCAAACGAUCGGAUCGGUUCGCCAACUCUCGGUGAAGAUGAUGAUGAGGACGAGUAUGGUAAUUGUAUUAAGGACACGCAUGCCUCCCAAAGUGGAGUUUCGGAACAGCCGCAGCAACAGCAAAGCGAUCCAGUCACUAAUAACAUUGGUAUGGAUGGAAUGUUCCCGCGAAUGGAUAGCCAGGAACGGUUGCGACGAUUGAAAGAAAGUGUGGAGAAAUUGUUCGUCUAUCAGCGGCCACUGUGCGUGUACAGCUUAGAAAACGUUGGUCAACAGCUGACGAGUAUGGCCAUCGAUACCGGUUGCUGUCAUGUAGCGAGCGGCUUCGAAGACUCCACUAUAAUGCUUUGGUCGACCAACCGCAGCACUCAGAUGGGCCGGAAACCGUACGCCAGCAUUCGCGACCGCCAGUGCUGCUGGAAUGUGACUUCCUGUGAUAGUAGAUUUAGUGAAUCGGAUGAAUCCGAUGAUGAGUAUGCAGCCGGAGUCAACGGUAGGGACGAAUCGGAGUGUCGGAUAGCGGGAGAGGACAGGCACCGUGACGGCACCUCACUGCUAGAUGAUGGAAUAGAUAGUAUGUUCGAUUUGCGUGGGUCGGCGGGUAUCGAGCGGAUGAAUAAGUUGCUUCCGCCGCAUAAACGGAGGCUUACAAAACGGGAACGAUGGAAGCAAUUUCUAGACAAUCGUUGCUUGGAAAACACUUUCUCUGAAACCGGUGGAUUGUCUUUGCGCGGACAUGGAAAUGCCGUGACGGAUCUUCUCUUCUCCGAAUACAGUCCACUGUUGGUAAGCGUUUCGCGGGACUGUACCAUGCGUGCUUGGACGGGUAGUGACUAUACGUGCCGGGCGAUAUAUCGUGGACACAAUCAUCCAAUUUGGUGUGUUGCGGAAAGUCCUACUGGCCUGUAUUUUGCUACCGGGUCCCGUGACACGACCGCACGCUUGUGGUCUACAGAUCGUCGGUUUCCAUUACAAAUGUACGUAGGCCAUACUCAGGAUGUCGACACGGUAGCAUUUCAUCCGAACGGGAACUAUUUGGCCACCGGGUCGACCGACCUGUCCGUGCGGCUUUGGUGUGUUACCACCGGGAAAUUGUUGCGCAUUUUUACCGACUGUCGGCAACCGGUACAGCGGAUAUGUUUCAGCCCUGAUGGGAAAUAUCUUGCCGCGGGAGGGGAAGAGAAUCGAGUGCGCAUUUUCGAUCUAACAGCCGGUUCUCAGUUGACAGAGCUGAAAGAUCACACAGCGGCCAUUACGUGUAUCACGUGGAGCAAAGAUAGCAGCCAUUUCGUUUCAUCAUGUGCGGACGGUACGAUACGAAUCUGGGAUGCCAAGCGUAUGUUACUUCCUUCCACAUCAACCUCCUCAUCGAGCGGUUCUUCCACUUCCUCUUCGUCCAACUCAUCAACUUCAACGUCGAUUCAAAUAUCCACGCGAGAACUAUCGUCCACAGCAGGGCGGGGCGCCACCUUCGCUACACUUAACAAUGGCACGUCCAAUCCAAAGAUGAACAUCACAGCCAAUACACAGCAACAGGCUGCUGGGAGUGGAAGGAGUGGUACAGUAUUGAUGUCACAUCAGCUUCACAGUACCGGCGAUGCAGCAACAACCGGGCUACCACCAAACGCACCGGCAUCGUCGGUGGGCUCCGCUAGUAGUACCGCCAAUAGCAAUAAUCUACUGCUCGCAUACUCAACCGGUUGUCGGCGAAUCUAUCGACUGCACUAUAAUAAGCUUAGCGGUGGAUUAGCGUGUUUAGGAAGUAGUUAAUGAAAACACACAAAGGGCGAGGAGAGCAGGAGAGAAAACCUGGAAUAAGUAUUAUUUAUUGAAACUCAGUCCUCCAACAAGAAGCAAGCAAAAACUAAUGCAAAAAGAAAAUAAGCAACGGAUGACUGUGCGUAGAUGGUCUGCUAAAAUGGACUGUGAAAAGGGGAAAACGACAAAAUCAGUGAGUCGCAAUGAGCAAUUGAAGUCACAAGUACAUUGAACGUUUUCGCUACUGCACCGCACAAACACCCGUGUGUAGUGUGAUUAUCGAGUCGUAGUAGAAUUUUGAAUGAAAUUAAACAAAUAAACAAUAAUCGUAAGGAAGGAUCGUCAAAUGUCAAGAAA